AUGCUAAUCGAUGCCAAGGAUCCUAACACGCCAGCGAUAGUAUCUCUGCUGGCUGGUGGCUUUGCAGGAGCUGUCGAAGGAGCUGCAACGUACCCCUUUGAGUUCGCAAAGACUCGUGUCCAGCUCCGAGAGCAGAAAGGUCAACCAACACCGAAGAAUCCAUUCCGGGUAGUGUACCAGGUCUACGCGUCCGAAGGCGUCAAAGCCCUUUACAAAGGAUGUCUACCUUUAGUCGUCGGUAGCGUUGCCAAGGAUGGAAUUCGAUUCCUGUCCUUCGACACCAUCAAGAACACUUUCAAGGACCCGGAGAGUGGAACACUCUCGCCACUUCGUAAUCUCCUCUCGGGCAUGGCAUCCGGCGUCGUGGCAUCCUUCACGGCUGUCACGCCGACGGAGCGGAUCAAGACUGCAUUGAUUGAUGAUGCGAGGAAUGACAAGAGAUUCAAGUCUGCUACGCAUUGCAUCAAGACGAUAUUGGCGGAAGACGGUCUGAUGGGACUGUACCGUGGACUUGCGGGCACGACGUUGAAGCAAGCUGGUGCGACCGCCUUUCGCAUGGGCACCUACAAUAUCUUAAAGGACUACGAGCGAAAACGAGAUAUCCAACAGACAACUCUUACUAAUUUUGCCAACGGCUCAGUAGCCGGAACUGUGACUACGCUAGCGACCCAGCCUUUCGACACGAUCAAGACGAGAUGUCAAAGUUCAAAAGGUGCCAGCACUGUUGAUGCCUUCCGAAGUAUCGUCGCCGAUUACGGAGUCAAGGGGUUCUGGAAAGGAACGACCAUGCGGCUUGGACGGACGGUAUUCAGUGGUGGUAUUUUGUUUACGACGUACGAAUGGGCGGCUGCUAUCUUGAAUCCUCUGUUUAUGAGAGAGCAGCAUGCGUAG